AUGACACAGACGAGACGAGAGCUACAAGAUUUCCUCCGAAGCUAUGACAGCAAUGGUACUGGCAGUUUUGAUCGUGAUAGAUGGCUUCAUCUCUGUGCCAGUGCGACGAUCAACCUGCCUCAAGAAAGUGCAGCAGAUGUCUUUGAUAAAUUAGAUUCAGAUCACGAUGGUUUGGUUCGAAUCGAUGAUUUACUACAGAGUCUGAGUGAAUGGCAAAACUCAGUUAAUUCAGAUAUUGAUGACGAGGUAAUCGUUGAGACUGGAAGACCUGUCGAUCUAGGUCGUUUUGCAGAACUCAAGUUAGCCCAAGCGAAUGGAUUUCCAGUUGGUCUCUAUGAAUCUUCUCCCACGGAAACAGAUAGAGAAUUCGGCAAGAGUUUAAUGGAAGCCCAAAAAUUGAGUAGAACCAUAAGCGAAUCCUACCCUGAAUUGGCCGCCUCCUUCAGCCAUCUGCUCGAAACCUUCAAAGAGGAUAUUAUGCUCAAAGAGUACGAAAAUGCUGAUUUGGAGCAAAGCUAUCAAAGAGAAAAGCAGGCAAGAAAGGAGGAUAUGCGGAGACUAGAAGAGGAAUUAGAUGCUCAGAUUCAGUUGGCCGAAGAGAAACUGAGAAAAGAAGUGAGUUAUGUUUCCACAUCGUCUAAAAACAACAUAAUUCUAAUUGUGGAUUACAAGAAGUACAUUUAG